GGGACAUGUAUCAUAAUAUUUACUAUAUUUCAGAUUCUCCUCCUCCUUUCUAAUUAUUUCCCCUUUUUGAUCCCCCAAUCUCCAAGUUAGGGUUUCGUUUUCUUCUCCAAUUGGAACUUGAAAACCUAACUUGGAUCCAUCCUUUCAUAUAUUCUGUAUCUAUAGUUGUAUCUAUUUCCUUUUUUUUUUUUCAAUUCUAGGGUUUCCGAUUAAAUUAUUCCCCAAAGUCAAACGCCAAUCAUCAUUUGAUCGCUUUGUAUCUAUAGGUGUUGAUUUAUAGAUAUGAAGCACGCGAAGAAGAAGCGAUCGCGGCCGUCCAAGCAAGUCAAAAGAGAGAACAAGGUCGAAACGGAUCGAAAAAAGGAAGAGACCAGGGUUUUGAAUUGUUUAAUGGAGGCUUUUAGUUCUGUUUCUGUAGAUGAAGCUAGUUUAGCUUACAAACAAGCGAAUGGUGAUGUGAAUAAAGCUGCGGAGAUUUUAGGUGGUUUGGAUGAUCGGGCUGUGUCGUGUUCCAGCUCGGUCAGUGGGAGUUGUUUCAGUUCUGAGGUUUCUGGUUCGAAUUCGAGUUCGGAGAUUUUUGCUUCGAGUUCAGGGUCUGAAUUUUGUGGGGAGAAUAAGAGUGGACCGCUUGUUGAUGUGGUCAAGGCGAGGCCUAAGAAGAAGGUUGUGGCUGCCACGGGGAUGGUGUCCGCGGUUUUAGGGAAGGAUUAUGUGAACUCGGCCACGAAGAAAGGGAAAUGUGUUGGUGAUGGGAGUCCAAGUAAAGAGGAGUUGGAACAGUUUUUGUGUUCGAUGCUCGGGGACGAUUGUGAAUUGAGCAUGGGCGUGGUUAGAGAUGUGCUUUGUCAGUGCAAAUAUGAUGUUGAACAGGCUUUGAGUGUAUUGCUUGAAUUAUCUGCUUCCUCAAUCCAGCACUCGUCUAGUGGCAGAUGUGCUGAGGAUUUUUAUAACAUUGCAGAAGAUACAGGAUCCAUUCUCGAAUCUAGCGACUAUUUUAUAGAUAGAACAUCUGACUCGACUUCUCAUUCAUCUGAAAGUGAACUUCAGGACAAUGUCUGGCCUGUGGGUUAUAAUAGCAGGAAUUAUUACAGUGCGCUUGUUGGUUCAGAAGCACCCUCUUCGGUUAGCGCUGAAGUUUCUAAAUCAGAACUGCCGUGGAAGGUUUUAGAAUCUUUGUUUAAUACACCCAAGAGUUCUGAACAGAAACCUAGUACCAUGAACUGGAGGAACGUAGUUAAGAAAAUGGAAGCUCUAGGCAAAAGUUCCCAGAUAUGCAGUUCUGUGAAUGAUGAAGAAAGGAUGCAUGUGCAUGCUAAAGGAGACGAGUAUCGAGUUUGUAGAGAAUCUGCCAGGCAACACUGGGAUAUGAUGAAAUCAUGUUAUCAGAAGGCAGCCACAGCAUAUUCGAAGGGCGAACGUGACUAUGCAGCUUACAUGUCUGAGAAGGGAAGGACACAUAAUAAAAUUGCUCGAGAGGCAGAUGAGAAGGCAGGCCAAGAUAUCUUUCAAGCUAGAAACAAGAGCAUAGAGAAUGUGAUUACUAUUGAUCUACAUGGACAACAUGUCAAACAAGCAAUGAAACUUCUUAAACUUCACCUGUUAUUUGGUGCAUAUGUCCGCUCUGUGCGGUGGUUCAGAGUUAUCACUGGAUGUGGAACCCAUGGUAUGGGAAAGUCAAAGCUGAAGCAAUCGGUUGCUAAUCUCUUGCAGAAAGAAGGUAUUCAAUGGAGUGAGGAGAACAGGGGAACUUUACUCAUUAGGCUUGAUGGACAGACUGAGUUUGGUUUUUUAGAUACAGAUAGUGAUACUGAAUAGUAUUGUUUCUUAAGUUUCUUCUUAGUAACGGCAGUAAAGCUUGUGUUAAUAUCUGGACCGUAGAAAAUCGAAGGAUCUGAAUCUUAAUCCUGUGCUUGUUUGUGUCACAUCCAAAUUUGCUGGAUAAUACUACCUCAUUGGACGAAGAUAUACACAUAGAGUAUUGGUGUUGGAUGCCAGUUUUUUGCAGAUAUUCUUUCCUCAUUUCCUAGUUCUGGAACUUCAAAAAAAUGUUGACAACUGUGUAACAUGUGCAUAGAUUCUCAAAGAAGAUUCUGCAACAUGGACAAUCUAAUUCUAGUGUUUCCCUGAUAAUAUCAAAUUGUGUACAAAAAAGUUGGUUAAACUUGAGCUUGAUCAAUUAUAUUCUGUGCAUUUCUUGUG